AUGUCUAGGAGGUAUACACAUCAAUUAUUUGGUCUUGUUACCAUAACAAUAUUAAUAUUCUUUUGCAGUUCAAUCAGUACUGUUGGAUCACAACCACUUCCCGCAAAUGAGCUUCUUUCGGCAAAUUGGUUAAUUAAACAAUACUGUUUGUCAAUACUACAGGAUGAAACAUCGAUAUGUGCAGCAACACCAAUAUUCACUUGUGAAUUGGUUGGUGGUACUGCUCCGACAGACUAUCAUAUCACACGAAUAUCUAUUCCAUUAGGAACAAAUACAGCUAAUCAACCUGGACCAUUAGCAAGUUUAGAUCUUUCUGAACUAACCUCGUUUAUCAUUAAUGGACCCGCUUCCAUUUCAGACCCCACACAGAAUAUCUUGACAAAGAUUAAUAAUCUUCCAAAACUUAAUUACCUAGAAAUUACAGCAGAUCAAAGUGCAAUUAGUAUGCCAAUCAGUUUUGGAAGCACUCUUCCAGCUUUGAAAAUUUUUCAUUCCUCAGGAUGUCCAUACAGAUCUAUAGACGGAUUAUUCUUUAACAACUCUGCCCUUAAUACCAUAUCCAUUGACUAUGUCAACUCUGUCAAUUUCGAUUCUUCACUCUAUCUACCCGAUUUGGUUUCACUUACCAUUGUCACUGAUCUUUUGGCUCCAGGUAAAAUAUUUACUUUUGAAUCUUCCUCUUUUCCAAAACUAUAUACAAUUACAUUAAAAAAUAGUGGUUACAUGUUGACUCUUGCUUUGAAAUCCAUUACCACAUCUAACUUGGUAUUGAUCAAUACUCAUUUAAAUUUUGAUUUUGGAGGGUAUGAUUCUACAGUAUCUCCAACUUUUGAUCAAUUUAUCUCUUUAAAAUAUUUAUAUAUGAGAAAUGUAUCAACUAUCGUUAUUCCAUUUGCAUCAUAUCCUCCUUUAUUGACUUCAAUCAUUUUUAAUGAUGAUCACUUUACAUCAUUCCCAAGUAUUCCUCUUGGUUCAAACUUGAAACAAAUGACUUUACAGAAUAGUAAUUUAAAUGGACAAGUACCUUGGGGGAUUUUUGCCAAUAAAUCCAAUUUUGAAUUAAAUCUUCAAGAGAGCGAGGGAAUUGUUGGCUCUGUUUCCGAAUCAUUUUGUUCAAACAAAUUAUUUAUUCAAAAUUCUGGUAUUUCUAGUGUUCCUGAUUGUUUUUGGUGCUAUGUUUUUAAUCCAAGUAUAUUUCAAACAUCACUUACGAUUUCACCAACAUUUAGUUGUAAUAUUACCUUUGAAACAAUGGAUUUGGUUACAAAUAAUGGUAUAACACAACUGAAUGGAAAUAAUAUCGGGUUUGGAAAUAGUGGACCAAGCUAUAUGCUAACCAGUAUAAUUGGUAACAAAAAGUUAGAUUUAAUGAUUUCACCAUUUAUUUAUGGUAUUAAAACACCUAUAACUAUAGAAACAGAUUCUUAUCAUUCAAGUUAUAGUUUUGUUUUUACCUAUUUGGAGACCGUAUUUACUUAUUCAUAUCAUGAAAUGAAUCAAGUUUCAAAUGGAGUCUAUCAAUUUAACUUUUAUUUUAUUCAAACUCUUGAAAAUACCUUGGUCGAUCUAACCUAUCGAGUCACUUACAACCAAUCAAAAGAAUGUAAAAUAGACUCUAUUGCAGGUAAUUCUAUUAGAUGUAAUAUUACAGAUAGACUAUAUCCCUUAUCACAAGUGUGGUUUGAUUUUUCAAAUGGUUAUGAAAAUAACCCUUUUCUUUAUGUUCCCAUUAGCAUUUAUCCAGUCAUUUUAAGUCAUGAAAUUGGUGAUUUUAUUACAGCCGGAUCAAUUCUUUCAUUUUAUGGAAAGUUUGCAAUUGAAAUUCCAAAACUAGUUGUUAUUAUUGAUGGCAAUUCAACAGUUUGUAAUGUUAGUGUAACUAAUUCAGGUCAAAUUGAAUGUACGAUACUGCAAAAUAUCAAAGGUGGACCACAAUCAAAUAUUACAAUAUUGACAGAUAAUGGGUUUACAAGUGAACCUUUAUUUGUCACUUUAAAUACUCCCUAUCAACAAUGUCAACAAAUCUAUUCAAAUUGUUCGGGUCAUGGUAUUUGUAAUUUAGAUAAUGGUCAAUGUGAUUGUAAUCCUGGUUAUUUUUCAACCGAUUGUUCAUUAUUAUCAUAUCCAAUUAUUUCAUCUGGAUCAGUUGAUUUGAAUGAUACAAGAUUAAUUAGUUUAUUUGGUGAUUUUGGACCAAAUAAUCAAACCGAUUUAUCAUUAUUGGCAAAUAAUACUUUAAAUUGUUUGGUUACUUUUAAAUCACAACAAUCUAUCAAUUGUACUUUACCAUCUAUUCCAUCGGUUGGAUUAUUAUCAUUUACAGUUCAUUUGGAUUCUAUUACAGUUUUGGUAAAGGAUUUAAUUUAUAUUUAUCCAACUAGAAAUAAUAAUAAUACUGGAGGUAAUAGUACAAAAGAACAAUGUGAAAAGGAUACAUUUAAUUGUCAUGGUCAUGGUAUUUGUGAUGAUAAUGGAGUAUGUCAAUGUUAUCCUGAUUAUCAAAUGGAUGAUAAUUGUUUAACAAAAAUAAUUAAUAAUACCAAUCAACCAAAUACAACAGCACCAACACCUUCAUUUAAUAUUGAUGGUUUAUCAUUCCAAUUUGAAAUGAUUGCUAUUCAAGAAAUAGAUAUUGAUAAUCAAAUAUCAAUGGAUUAUCAAUCAGCUUUAUCAACACUAAGAGUUUUAUUUAAACCAACAAUCAAUAAUAAUCAAAGUGUAGAAUAUGAUUGUCAAGAAGAAGAGAUUCAAAGCUUAACAUUUGAUCAAAUUUCAGACUCUAUUCAAUACCUCAGGGUGAUAAAAGAUAAUAUUCAAUUUACAGGUAGAUUUGUAGAUUAUGUAUUAUCAAAUGGAAGAGAUGCAUUAUCUAAAACAUAUUUAAUCAAUCAAACCAAUGAUAUUGAUAAUUCAAAACAAUCAAAUAUAAUCAUUGGAAUUGGUAUGCCUCAAUGUCAAUCAUGUAUUUUAGAUCCAGAUUUUACACCAUUAUUAAUCGAUAAGAGUAAUGAUGGUGGAUGUGACAAGAAAUCAAAUACAUGGAAAAUAAUUGUUGGUGUUGUUAUUGGUGGUGUUGCUUUGAUUGCUAUAUCAGUGGCAUCAAUUAUGCAUUUCAAGAAAAAGAAAUUAUUCAAUAGACAACAAAAAGCAUUUAAUCAAAAAUUAAAAGCAUUAAAUCAUUAA